AUGUCUAAGAACUACGCAAUUGUGGUGCAAAAGCGGGGCGAAGCCGCAAAGGAAGAAGUUCCAAUUCCAAAACUGAGAGAUGACUACAUUUUGGUCAAGGUGGUUGCUGUGGCAUUGAAUCCAACCGAUUGGAAACACGUCGAUUUCCUAACAAGCAAAGGAUGCCAUAUUGGCUGUGAUUAUGCUGGAACCGUUGAGGAGGUCGGUAGCAAGGUCACCAAAGAUUUUAAGAAGGGAGAUCGUAUUGCUGGAUUUGCUCACGGAGGCAACGAGGUCUACCACGAGGAUGGUGCCUUUGCAAACUACAUUACCGUCAAAGGCGAUGUCCAAAUCAAAAUCCCAGAAAAUCUCUCGUUCGAAGAAGCCGCUACUUUGGGAGUAGGAAUCACCACCGUUGGACAAGGUCUCUACCAAUCCCUUGGACUUCCUCGUGUCUCCUCACCAAGCAAGAACAACGAAUCCAUCUUGAUCUACGGCGGUAGCUCAGCAACCGGCUCACUCGCCAUCCAAUACGCCAAACUCUCCGGCUUCAAAGUCCUCACCACCUGCUCUCCCCACAACUUCGACUACGUCAAAUCCCUAGGCGCUGACGAAGUAUUCGACUACAACUCCCCAACCUGCUCCAGCGACAUCCAAAAAUCAACCUCCAACAACCUCACCCACGCAUUCGACUGCAUCUCCGAAGGCUCGUCACCAAAAAUCUCCGUCUCGGCCCUCGCCACCGACAAGUCAUCCACUUACAGCACCCUCCUCCCUGUCCCAGCCGGACAGGUCAAAAAAAUCAACGACAAGGUGACCAUGAAAUCCACGCUCGGAUACACCAUCUUCGGCGAGGACUUCAAGUUCGGCGAGAUGAAAUUCCCGGCUAAGAAGGAGGAUUUCGAGUUUGGGCAGGGAUUUUGGGAGGAGGCGAGAGGAUUGCUGGAGCAGGGGAGGGUUAAAGUUCAUAAACCGAGUGUUAAUAAGCACGGGAAAUCCUUUGAGGGCGUCCUCAAGGGUAUGGAUGCGAUGCGUCAAGGUAAGGUGUCGGGUGAGAAGUUGGUUUUCACUAUUUAG